AUGAUAUUGGACCAGGAUGAAUUGAAACACCUAGCAGCUCUAACAAAUGGUAGAUGUGGUAUCCUUCUUAAUUCCGGCUAUCCCAAGAGCCAGUCAGAACCUGAUAUAAAUGAGUUAGCUGGCGGAGAAACUGUUCAAGCGUUUGAUGAGCCUUUGCCAAUUUCAGAUCAAGCUGCCAUGAUACAUGCGCAGUGGCCAAAUAGUUCAGUAGAGGUAAAAAUAAGAAAUUUCUUCAGGCAGUUGUUUUUAUCAAAUGAACUGCAACAGCGAAUUGCAUCUCUUACGAAAUGGCUGUCUAAGACCCUGGAAUAG